AUACCAGAAACUAAACCUAAGAACUCCUAUGUCUUGUACAUGAAAAUCUGCAACGCUAUUGUUGGAGCUAUCUCUACAGCCCAUAGUUUGAUUUUUACAAAGAUACUAGCCUAAAUAAUGGUUUGUGAAAAUCACACCAGAGUCACUGAAUUUAUUCUUCUUGGUUUUACAAGCAACCCUGAGAUGCAAAUUUCCCUCUUUGUCUUAUUCUUGUCCAUCUAUGUAGUCACUUUGUUGGGAAACUUCCUUAUUGUCACAGUUACCAGUAUUGACCAUGCUCUUCAAACACCGAUGUAUUUUUUCCUCCAAAACCUAUCACUUCUUGAAGUCUGUUUCACCUUGGUUAUGGUGCCAAAGAUGCUAGUAGACCUAGUGUCUCCAAGGAAAGUCAUCUCUUUCGUAGGCUGUGGUACCCAGAUGUACUUCUUCUUCUUCUUUGGCAGCUCUGAAUGUUUCCUUCUCUCUAUGAUGGCAUAUGAUCGCUUCGUGGCUAUCUGUAAACCUCUCUACUACUCAGUCAUAAUGAAUAGGUCUCUCUGCUUGCGGAUGGCUGUAGGCUCUUGGAUGUCUGGUGUUCCUGUCUCUAUGCUACAGACAGCUUGGAUGAUGGCACUUCCUUUCUGUGGACCAAACACUGUCGACCAUUUUUUUUGUGAUGGACCUCCAGUGUUGAAACUUGUCACUCAAGAUACAGCAAUGUAUGAAAUGCAGGCACUAGCCUCCACACUCUUAUUUAUCAUGUUUCCCUUUUCCCUCAUUUUGAUUUCUUACACUCGCAUUAUUAUAACUAUCCUGAAGAUGCCCUCUGCUACCGGUCGCCAGAAAGCAUUCUCCACUUGCUCAUCACAUCUUAUUGUGGUGUCCCUUUUCUACGGAACGGCCAGCUUGACCUACCUACGACCCAAAUCCAACCAGUCCCCAGAGAGCAAGAAAAUGGUGUCAUUGUCCUACACUGUCAUCACCCCCAUGUUAAACCCCAUCAUCUACAGCUUAAGGAACAAUGAAGUCAAGGGGGCAGUUAAAAGGACAAUCACUCAAAAAGUCUUUCAAAAAUUAGAUAUAUUUUGA